GCCCGGGCGGAAGCAGGAAGUGAGUGAGCAGGGCGACGGUCGUGAGGCUGCAGGCGGCGGUUGCGGAGCUGAGGCGUCGCUGGGCAGAUGGCGGAGAAGUUUGACCACCUGGAGGAGCACCUGGAGAAGUUCGUGGAGAACAUCCGGCAGCUCGGCAUUAUCGUCAGCGACUUCCAGCCCAGCAGCCAGACCGGGCUCAACCAGAAGCUGAAUUUCAUCGUCACUGGUUUACAGGACAUAGACAAGUGCAGGCAGCAGCUCCAUGACAUUACUGUCCCUUUAGAAGUUUUUGAGUACAUCGACCAGGGCCGGAACCCCCAGCUCUACACCAAGGAGUGCCUGGAGCGGGCCCUCGCCAAAAACGAGCAAGUCAAAGGCAAGAUCGACACCAUGAAGAAAUUUAAAAGUCUGUUGAUUCAAGAGCUUUCUAAAGUUUUCCCAGAAGACAUGGCUAAAUACCGAAGCAUCCGUGGGGAGGCUCAUGCACCCCCCUAAGUAUGUGACACCCUAGACCCUUGCGAAUUCCCGGGACGGAGCCAGCGGUGCCUGUGACUGUCAGCGCCAGUCCUCCUUCCCGACGUGGACUGACCCGGGACGCCCCCAGUUUCAUACCUGUCUUGUGCCCCGUGGGACGGCCGAGCUGGAGGCUGUGUGGAGCCAUGCCCCGCUGUCCUGGAGCCCCAGUUCCGAGGUUCUGGUCCUCGGGGGAGAUGGGCUCAGGAAACAGCUUUGGAAAUACUCGAUAUAAUUGGUAAAUUGCAAGAAAAAAUUCCAUUUGGAUUUUUUAUGUAUUCUUUAUAUUCCAUGCUACUGUGGCAUUAGAAAGCAAAUAAAUUGGUUUUGUAUUUUA